GAUGCCUGCAAGGACCACUGGGUUUUAAAAGUAAGGCCUUGUGAAUCAAAUGCCCCUGAACCUAGGGAAAAAAGUCAUAAAACUGCAAACAUCGAGCCCCAAAAAUUUAAAAUUUUCAGUAGCAAGUCCAACAAAAUUGGGGCACAAAGCCUAGACAAUCUCAAUAUCUAUCAGCUAUAUUACCUAUAUAGAGCAGAGAUGCUACAGUUAAUCCGAAAUACGAGUAUGCAGCUAAAAAACCCACGAAAAACCAAAGAGAAUGAGAUCAUUAUCUCCAAAAAAAGCCAAAGUAACAAAGUGAAGAUACAGCUCCAAGAUAAGAAAUCUUAUAAAUUUCAUGGAUUUUGAGGUUGUAUUUGUUGAAUUUGCCCUUGAUUAUAUAUGGGUCGUGUUUGAUAUUGCAUGCACGCAAAGUGUUCGACGAAAUGCCCCACUGAAGUUAUAUUGACUAUGGCAAGCUAACAGCAUACGGCGGAUACCCUCUUGUCUUUGUACAUAUUUUGACAAGCACAGCAUUUGUUGCUGCGUCAAUUAUGUCAUGUUUUUGUUCGCUCUCAUUCGACCCGAAGCCGAGCGAGUUCGGGCAAGUUGAGCUUGGUGUACAAGGAAAUCUGAUACACUGGAAUGAUGGCAAGUUUAGGGUAAGUUCCUAAAACCUCUCCUAUGUUUUAAAUUAUGACUUGCUGGUUAUCAUUUUUUACUAUCAUCAGUUCAUCACCAAGUGUACAAGAAAAUAUGUAAAGCCCCUCGUGUGAGUUGAAACUAGUUACCUCACCAUCUCAUAUACACGGAGCUUACGAAUGACUAACAUAUAAGACUAGUAAUACAAAGUAGGAUGAGACCCUAUUGCGCUUUUAUAUGGACAUGAAUUCACACUGGAGUUUUAUCUAAGGCCUCGUUUGGUUUGAUGUAAAACAUUUUCAAUUGCAAAUUAGUUUCCCAUUGUUUGGCUCCUUUUAAGAAAAGUUAAAGAGAAAUGAAAAAUAGGAGUGGAGAUGUGAGGAUGGAUAAGAGAAAAGUAAAAAGGAGGUAAGGAGGAGGGUAGAAAACAUGGCUUCCCUUGUCUUGUUUUGUAAAGAAAAAGUGUUUUCCAACAAUAUGGAUGCAAUUUUCCACCAUUGGAAAAAUUGUUUUCCACCCCUUCACAAACCAAACAAAGGAAAAUGGGAAUAAAUGGAAAAUUUAUUUUCCAUGAAAACAUUUUUCAUCUUUAUUUUCCAUGACAUUUUCAUCAAAGCAAAAAGGGCAUAAGAUGAUGCGUGCAUACUGCAUAUCACAUGAAAGUUGAUACAAGUUGAGUAAUGCUACUUGCUUGUAUCUGCUAUCUCCAUGGUCGUCAUGCCAUAAGGGAUUUCAUAGCUCUGUUCCCUUGCUAGUUUGGAUCUAAACAAUUAAUAACUUAUCCACACAAACAAAAUUUUCAGUUACAUGUAAAUGAUAUACGAAGUAAUGCAUAUCGUUGAUUAUAUUUAUAUUCCUCGUUGAACCUUUGACCUCAAUUAUAAUCAACAAUUGAGUUAAUUUAUACUUAUCACAUAUUAUGACUUUGGGUAAUGUUUGAACCAAUAAGUUUAGUAUGUUAAAGUAUAAGGGGUGUUACCAUGAAACAAAAAAAUAUAAGGGAUGGGAGUCAGAGUCAUGCAACUGCCUACCGGCCUUGCAAUCUCAUACAAUAGAAUUUAUGGAAUGUUAUCUUAAUUUCAUAUUCCUAAAAUUGAGAACUGGCAAUUUUUGGAAUCUAACCAAUUAUCUCUAGUAGCUUAUACAUCUAGUACCUUAUAUAACUAUAAUUACCUACAUAUAUCAUAAGAAGUGGAUAUUAUUGAGACAUAAAUAACUAAAGUCAAGUAUUAGAAAACCUUUUGUUGUACAAUGCCUUAUAUUGUGUUAACAUGGUUUGGUGUUACUUUUGUGAAGAGAACAACUUUAUACGGAGCUGUUAAUCAGGUUUGUUAGAUUUGUUUUUGAUAAAAUGAAUUUUGAAUAUAAAUACUAUGACAAUAUAGUUAUAAUUUUAAUAAAAUAUAUAUCUCUUAUCUAAGAAUUUCUUCGUAAGUUAGUAGAAAAAUUGUCAACUCAACAUUGGCCAAAAUAUAAAAUUCUGUAUACCUGUUUUUUAAUCCCAAUUGCUUUGAUAGUUGUAAAUGCUGAUCUGAAGCUGGAAGACCAUAAGUACCCAUGUCCUGUCAUCCUUAUAUUUUUUUUACUACUACUGUAUUUUUUUAAACUUGGUUUGUUCCCCCCCAAAAAAGACUUUGGUUUUGGUCAAAAAUAAAUAAAUUAAUACGGAGUAAAACACGUGGCUUUGGUAGCUGUCCAGCUGAGUAGCUUUGCUGGAAAAAAAAAUGUACUCCGUAUCUUGUAAAUCUCUGAAUAAAUUUAUUUUCUAUAUAAAAUUUUCCCUGUUAUUUUAUUUUUUAUCAUCAUCUUUGACUCAAUAAGUAUUCAAUUUUGGAUAUCAUGGCUUGAUUCAUCAUUGAAUUAGGACAAGAAUUUAUCCAUCACCCAAGUAGCCAGGCAAAUUUUCCAUGAGAGUUAGAUAAACACCUAUACAUUUUACAAAAGUAAUACUUUAUCUGAAGGAGGAGGAGCUGCUUAUGUUGACAUGGAGGCAAUGGUCUUACUCAAAGCAGCUGGUCAACAGCUUGGAAAAUGGAUGGUGGAAGAAGCCAAACACCUGUAUGCUGUGAAAGAUAAGGUUGAGGGACUCCAAAGUGAGCUUGAAUGGAUCCAAUGUUUCCUACGAAACGCAGACGAGAAACAUGGAGAUGAUGAAUUGGUUCAGAAAUGGAUAUCUGAAGUCAAUGACUUCUCAUAUGAAGCUGAGGACAUUCUUGAGAAGUACCUCCUCAAAGUUUCCAACCCUAGAAAAAAGGAUGAGAUCUGGAGUCUGAUUAAAUGGGCUACUUGUGCUCUUGGUGAUGCUAUAUCAACACAUGAAGUUGGGUGCGAGAUUGAUGUCCUAAGUAGUAAGAUCUCAAAGUUAGCUAAAAGAAUGAAAACCUAUGGAGUAACGCCUGCCUCGUCGUCAUCUUUAUCACUGGAUGAGAUGAGGUGUAUUCAUCCCCACCUUCCAGUGGAUGACAUAAUUGGGUUGGAAGAUGACACAAAUGUUUUAAUAAAUCACCUGAUGAACAGAGAAACCAAAGUGAUUGCCAUAAGUGGGAUGCCAGGGUCUGGUAAAACCACCCUUGCUCGGAAAGUGUAUCUCACAGUGAAAGGGCACCAAUUUAAGAUGUGUGCUUGGGUUUAUGUCUCUCUGGAAUUCCAACCAAGGAAUGUUAUUAUAGGGAUUUUGCUGAGUCUUUAUGCAGAUGAUAAGACAGAGAGGAAUCUCAUCCAAAACAUGGGACCGGACGACCUAGAAAAAAAACUAUACGAUGUCUUGAAAGAGAAGAAGUGCCUGGUGGUUCUUGAUGAUUUAUGGGAAGCCAGUGAUUGGAAUCGUUUGAAAAAUGCAUUCUCAAUCGAAGCCUCAAGCAGCAAAUUGAUGAUCACCACGCGCAAUACAGCAUUGCUUUCAAGUGUUGAUCCUCGAGGAGUCACUCAUGAACCCAAGGGUCUAUCUCCUGAGGAUAGCUGGAAGCUAUUCAGAAGGAAAGCAUUUCUGGACAUGAAAGACAUCUGUACAAGAGAUCCAGGAAUGAAGGAUUUGGGAAGUAAAAUGAUUAAGCGUUGUAAUGGCUUGCCUUUGGCAAUAGCUGUGUUGGGAGGACUUCUUGCUCCUAAAAAAACACUAAAGGAAUGGGAAAGGGUCAACAAAACUUUUUUGCGUGAUAACAACGAUGUUGUAACAAAAGUAUUGGAGUUGAGCUACACCAGUUUACCCUAUCACUUAAAACCUUGCUUCCUGCAUCUGGGAAAUUUUCCAGAAGAUUCUGAAAUUCCAACCAAAAAGUUGUACCGUAUGUGGAUUGCUGAAGGUAUUGUUGCUCCGAGAAAUGACAAGCCAACUGAAACUUUGGAGGACACUGCCAAUAGUUACUUGCAGGAGUUGGUGCAUAGAUGCAUUGUCCAAGUUGGAAAACUAGGGCCAGCCGGAAGGAUAAGAACUUGUCGCUUGCAUGAUUUAAUGAGGCACAUGUGUGUUAAAAAAGCUAAAGAGAAAAAUUUUCUCUCCAUAGCUUCUCAUGAGGGUGUAGAUGUGGGCUGCAGUUCUUCUGUAAUUCGAGAUGGAAAUCUUCAUCGUGUAGCCGUACAUUUUGAUCAGAUUAGCUUACCUUCUCAGAGUGACAAGACUUCACAUCUUAGAUCCCUAAUGUUCUUUGGAAGUGGUCCAAUUUACAAAGGUGAUCAUCAAGGUUGGUUAAAAGAAAUGAUAAGCGACUUCAAGCUGCUUCGUAUUUUGGAUCUUGAAAAUACUGGUAUUGAAGAAGUUCCCAGAGUGAUUGGUAACUUAAUUCACUUGAGGUAUUUGAGCAUUAUGGGAACUCAAGUAACAACAUUGCCAUCAACUCUACGCAACCUAAGGUGCCUUCAAACUCUUGAUCUACGCGUGUCUCUUCAACAAAAUUGUGUCCUGACAAUACCAAAUGUCUUGUGGAGGAUGAAAGAGCUUAAUUAUUUGUAUCUCCCUUCACAUGCCUACAAAGUCAAGAGGUUUCAAAAACUGAGGGUUAAAGGUUUAAGCAGCUUGAAGAUACUCAAGAACUUUGACACCACAAGAUCUCAAGUCAACAACCUGCACAAACUGGAAAACUUGAGGAAACUCUGCAUUAAGAAUGAGGUGUCUAAGAUCGAAACUCUUAAGAUUAUUUUAGAAUGUCAGAGCAUCAGAAACCAUAAUCUUUUGCACCUGUCCCUUAAGAUUCAUGGUUCUAUACUAAAUGUAGAUGCAGCGAUUUUGUCAAGCUGCAACUGCCUCCAUACUCUGGAAUUGUAUGGGACGAACCCAACAAUUACAGAGCUGAUGCUAGAAAGCUUUAAAUUUCCUGAAAGUCUGACGAGUUUAGCUAUAAUUAACUGCAGCCUAAUAUGUACUGAUCCUAUGCAAAACUUCAAGAACCUCCAUAACCUUAGAAGUCUUUCCCUGGACAAUGUCUCAUUCUCAGGAGAUUGUAUGGAUUGCACACAUGGUAGUUUCUCAAAGCUUGUUGAUUUGAAGCUCAGUAAUAUGGACACCUUAAAGGAGUGGAAGGUAGGAGUAGGAACCAUGCCUAAUCUUUACCGUUUGAGGAUAUACGACUGCGACAAUCUACAGAGGAUUCCUGAUGGAUUGCCUACAUCAGUUCGAGUUGUGUGUAAGCCUUGUAAGAGUGGAAUUAACAAGUAUUUAACCUGCCCUCAUUUCCCAGUAGAGCUUGUGGAUGACGACGAUGCUGACUUGGCUACCCGAUUACUAGGCAAGUCCAGUCCUUUGGAGGUGCGACCUGCUUAGGGUCCAACAAAAAAUAGGGCCCUAAAUGGCCUACAUGCUUUGCUAGUCCUUUUUUUUCUUGGUUAUUACUCCAUCCGUCUCUUAAAGAUUGUCAUAUUUUCUUAUCCUGACACAUUACCUCGACAAAAUAACAAAGAAAACCUCUACUGUUUUUCUUCAACCCAAAACUUACCUUCUUAGUACAAAUGUAAUUAUUUUUUUCAAUUCUAUUUCAAUGUAAACGCAGCCCCUAAUCAUUGAUUAUGAUGUAUUAAUUUUUCUAAUAUAGUGUGAAUGGAUGAAAUCUCAAGCUUAAUCAAUGGGAUAUUUCUUUGACUGAUAGUGAUAGUGUGGUUGGUCCAACUGACGUGUAAAUGAAAAAAAAAAAAAAAAGAGUCGACUACUGAUCGUGGUAGGUUGUUGCCUAACUCUGAACUCUCCUUAUAAAUAAUUAGAUUUGAUAGAUCUCAAAAUAAAUGCACGGUUAACAAUUUUACUAAGUCC